AUGAUACGGAGCGCGUGCUCCGUUGGUUGUGCCACCGUCCAAAAACUCGCUUCCAUCAUCUUUUCUGCAGCUGUCAAUCCCCCCCUGCAACGACGCGGCCUGGCACUGCCGCGUCUCCCGCUGCCGUUUCCUGCUGCUGCUUCCGAGGGGCACGCUACGAGCCCCAGAAUGAGGCAUGUCGUUGCCUUGCAGUCGAGGUCCCGAGCAGCGGCUCUCGUCCAGUUCCGCGUAGCCAUCACGAACACGCCCAACUCCGCCUCCGCCUCCCCUUGUCGACCAUGGCCCGGGGCGCAAACGAGGGCCCUUUCGACGCUGCACCAUAGGCAUCUCGGCCUUGCGAGCUACGACCACGCACAGGGUGUCCAGGAUGCCCACCGUGCCGAGUUCCUGUCGUGGAAAGCCCUCACCGGGGCCGAGCACGACGAGCAACCUCCCCCGCCACCGCUCCUCGUCUCCUUCGAGUCCACGCCGACAUUCACCCUCGGCCGCCGACAAGAAAACGUCGACGACGCGCAGCUUGCUCGUCUCCGGCGGCCGCUAGACGUCUGUCUUCGGCGGCGCCGCGAGCCCGUGCAACGCAGCUUCACCCCCGACGUGCGAAAAUCCAGCCGCGGCGGCCUGACGACCUAUCACGGACCCGGCCAGGUCGUCUUUUGGCCCGUCGUCGACAUGCACUCCCCACGAUACCCGAGGUACGGCGUCGCUUCGUAUGCGAGCCACCUCGAGGCGACGACGUCGCGCUUGCUGCGCGAACUUUUCGGCAUCCAGACGUCAACGGUCCACGACGAGCCUGGUGUCUGGGUUGCUCCAUCCAGCCGCCGCCCACGCAAGAUUGCCGCCUUGGGCGUGCAUCACAGGCGCCACGUGACGGCCCUUGGCAUCGCGUUGAAUGUCGACGUCGCCGUGGCAGGCGACGAGCAUCUCAACCCCUGGGCUAGGUUCGUCCCGUGCGGGCUCGACGGCAAGGCCGUGACUUCUGUUGCCGCCGAGGCUGGUGAGCUCCUUCCGGCAGAUUGGGAUGCCGCCGUGCUCGCCGGGCGGUGGGCAGCCAUCUUCGAAGAGGGGCUGCUGCAUGAGGAGAGGCGGAGCGGUGGUGCGUCGAGUCGGUUGCGGUAG